AUGGAAAUUCUUUCCUUCACAGGGAAUAGCUUAAGUGGUCAUCUCCCUCUUGACAUAUGCCAUGGACUUCCAAGACUCAAAGGGCUUUUUCUAUCUUCAAAUGAGUUGGGUGGCGAAAUCCUUUCUGGUCUAUCAGAAUGUUCACAACUUCAGAACCUUUCUUUGUCAAUCAACAAAUUUAAUGGAUCCAUUCCAGGAGAAAUUGGGAGAAUAAGGACGCUUCAGAUUUUAUAUCUUGGUUUAAAUAAUUUUUCAGGUGCAAUUCCACAUGAAUUGGGUAACCUGGAGAACCUCAAGGAGUUGAGCUUGCAAAAUAAUUUUCUUACGGGCUCUAUACCAGCCAGUAUCUUUGACAUUUCAUCUUUACAAUAUAUUAACGUUGCUCGAUGCAACCUUUCUGGUGUAAUCCCACAGGAGAUUGGCAACCUUUACAACUUGGAGUAUCUUUAUUUGAGCUCCUAUAGUUUAAGCGGUUCCAUUCCCCAAAAAAUCUUCAACAUCUCUACAUUGUUAGUGAUUUCAGUUUCAAACAAUCAACUUUCAGGCAACCUAGAUUCAUUGAUUUUGGGUUAUGAGCUUCCUAAUCUUCAAGUACUCUACAUGAGCAGUAAUAAUUUCCACGGAAGAGUACCAAAUUCCAUUGCAAAUUCUUCUAAACUCAUUGCAAUAGACCUGUCCAAAAACAGUUUUACUGGACCAGUUCCCAACUUCCUAGGCGAUUUGAGAUUCCUUGAAAGUGUAAACUUUGGUAACAACAAUUUUAUAAGUGAAUCUUCACAAUUGAGUUUCAUCACAUCAUUGAAAAGCUGUAGAUAUUUAACAAAAUUGAUUUUUGCUAAUAAUCCUUUGAACGGCAUUCUUCCAGCUUCAGUUGGAAAUCUUUCCACUUCCCUUCAAUAUCUUUAUGCUUAUAAUUGUGAUCUCCGAGGUAGCAUUCCAAAUGAAAUUGGCAAUCUUAGCAGUUUGAUAGUGUUAAGUCUGUAUGGCAGUGAGUUGACGGGAUCAUUUCCAACAACUCUGGUGGAUAUGCAAAAUCUUCAAGGAUUAGAUCUUCACACAAAUAAGAUAAGUGGAUCUAUUCCUCACACUCUUUGUGAACUUCCCAAUUUCUAUGGAUUGCUGUUGUCAGAAAAUUUAAUAACAGGUGCUAUUCCAGACUGUGUAGGGAAUAUUACUACACUAAGGCUUCUAUAUAUAGACAGCAACAGAUUGACCUCCAGCAUACCUGCAAGCCUAUGGCUCCAGAACUAUCUUCUGGAGUUGAGUCUAUCUUCAAAUUUUUUGAGCGGUCCUCUGCCUCAAGAAAUAGGGAAUCUAAAGGCUGCAACUGUUAUUGAUCUAUCAAUCAAUCGAUUCUCAGGUAGCAUUCCAACAUCAAUUGGAUAUUUACAAAGCUUGAUUAAUCUCUCCUUAGCACAUAACACACUGCAAGGAUCUAUUCCGGAGUCAAUGGAAACUUUUCAAGUCAAUCCUUCAUUUCUAAUGAAGGACUGUGUGGUGAUCCUAUAUAUCGUCUCUCAUCACGUCCUAUUGGUCAACAAAAGGGAAGAAAAGUGA